AUGUCUACAGCAAUACUUAAUACAAUUGGAUCAGAAUUUACAAUAUAUGCUGGUUCAUUUCUUUUUUUACUUGGUUUCUCAGGUAAUUUAAUUACUAUCUAUCUUUUUCGUACUACACGUCAUACUCCAAUAACAUUCAUAUUAAUUAUUCUAUCAAUUGUUAAUUGUAUAUCACUUAUUGUUGGUUUAUUAAAUCGAGUUCUUGUUGCUAUUGUUGGUAUUGAUCCUAUUCUAUUAUCACCAAUUUGGUGUAAAUUACGUGUUUAUUUCGGACAAACAUCUGUACUUAUUUGUCAAUCAUGUGCUUGUUUAGCAUCAAUAAAUUGUUUUCUUUCAACAUGUCGAUUAAUACGAUGGCGUCGUCUUGUUUCGCUAUCAAUAUCUCGUCAAUGUAUUUUCAUAUUAGUAAUAUUUUGGAUAAUGCAUGGUUUAUUUAAUCCAUGUCUAACUAAACUUAUUACUGCAACUGGUAAAUUAUCAACAUGUUCACUAACGAAUCUCAUCGCUUCGAAUUAUACAGCAUUUUUUCUUCGUCCAGUAUUAGUUGGUAUUUUUCCGAUAUGUAUAUUGAGUGUAUUUGGAUUAUUAACGCAUCGGAAUUUACAACAAUUACGUCAUAAACGACGAUUUGAACAACAACCUAUUUGUAAAAUGUUACUUCUUCAAAUGACUGCAUAUGUCUUAGGUACAUUACCUUAUGCAAGUUUUUAUGCAUAUCAAUCAAUAACAAGUGCAAUACGUAUUAAAUCUACCAUUGAACUUGCACAAGAAUCUUUAGUUCUAAAUUUUAUUAAUAUUAUUUUUUAUAUGCCACAAUCAUCACCAUUCUAUAUCUAUUAUUUAUCAUCUAAGACUUUUCGAAAACAAAUCAAAGAUUUUCUUAUAUGCUAUCAACAACAUAAUCGAAUUCAACCACUGGUUAGAACUAUUAAUGAAAAACAUUGA